CCCUCGGCCGCCAGGGGGCUGACCACAUCUCCUCGACUACAGCAGCUCGUCCGGCGGUUCCUCCACCUGGAUCACCAGCUCAGCAUCCACCCGGACCCUCCAGCCCGACCCGGCCCGCCGGCACCGCGGGACAGCCCAGCAGCGAGCCCGCCCCCCGCAGAACCCCCGCAGUCUGACCCGCUCGCUAGGCGGCUAACGGCUAGCAGCAGCAGCAGGCCCAGACGAGCCGGCCACGAUCCUCCGCCCCAACCCGCAGAACCUUCGCUGCCCUGGUCCGGACCAACACCCAGCCCGGUACUGCUCCACUCGACGACGGGACGACGGGAUGGCUCUGAAGAGGAUCCACAAGGAGCUUAAUGACCUGGCUCGUGACCCCCCAGCACAGUGCUCAGCUGGUCCAGUGGGUGAUGACAUGUUUCACUGGCAAGCUACAAUCAUGGGACCUAGCGACAGUCCAUAUCAAGGAGGUGUUUUCUUCUUGACAAUUCAUUUUCCAACAGACUACCCCUUCAAACCACCCAAGGUUGCAUUUACAACAAGAAUUUACCACCCAAAUAUUAACAGUAACGGCAGUAUCUGUCUGGAUAUUCUCAGAUCACAGUGGUCUCCUGCACUUACUAUUUCUAAAGUUCUUCUGUCCAUUUGCUCACUCCUAUGUGACCCAAACCCAGAUGACCCACUAGUGCCAGAGAUUGCCCGAAUCUACAAAACAGAUAGUCAGAAGUACAAUAAACUAGCUCAGGAGUGGACAACAAAGUAUGCCAUGCUUUAGGAUACACCAAAAUGGCAAAAGAAUGGACACAAAAGUAUGCAAUGUGAUGUCAUUCUUUGGAAAGCUGGAAGAUGUUGUUGCUGGUUUAAACUUAAAAUCAUGGGAUUCUUUUUUUCUUUUUCACUUUUGUUUGGUUAAUCUGAGCAUUUUAUCCCCCCUCCCCUGUUUUUUUUCCCCACCUUUGUGCUGAUAAGAAGAUAGUGUUUUCUCUCUACAUGCCAGUUUCUGUAACAUUUCAACAAAGAGUAUGGAGUUUAAAAAACAAAACAGUCCUCAGCACUUUGCCUGAGCAUGCUCCAAUAAGUUUGUCAACCCCAAACUUUGUGAGCUUAUAGAAAUUGACUGCACACACUUUGAAUCUGGUGCUACUGGAAUCCUGACAUUGAGCAGCACGUGGUCUGUUCUUCUACUGUCUGAGCUCUUUAAUACAUUUUCUUAGCUGACCUGUAGCAAAGCCUGUCUUUUUGGCCAUAUCCUAAAUUUUAAAGUUUCAAAUUAAUGUAUUUCCUUGGGUUUUUGUUUGUUUUUCAUUCAAAAUUUGAAGUGUGGGGGACAUUCUCUGAAAGUUUGUGGAAACUGGUUGGUGGCUACUGUAUCUCUGCUGGACUGGUGACAUCAGUUUGUUCUUCUGGUCAAUAGUAUAGGAAUCUUAUCUGAGGAAAGAAGUGUAUCUUAUUCCACUAUCAAAGUAUGUGUACAGAGAACCACAGCAGUAUAUAUCAAUGUUAAGGAAACAAAAUAUAAGAACUUCAAUGUUGUAUUUUAUGCAUGUCAAUAAAGGUAGACUAUUAUAUCUGUUUCUGCAAAUUAAGUGGAUUGUAAGAUUGAACAGUUGGAAAAAUUGGUUCCCCUCAAAGGCUUUUUUUGUUUUUGUUUUUGUUUUUUUGCUUUAUUUAGAAGCCAGUAGAGCAUUUAGUUUUACACCCACUUAAACACUGUCUUCUUGUAGCCCUAAAAUAUUGAAGCAAAGCUAAUGGUUGAUUAUCAACGUGUGGCUCUGUUUCUUUUUAGUUUUCCCUUCAAUAAAGUUACUUAAACCAUAAA